AUGGGAGUGAUAUUACCAGAGAUGAGGAACAGAAUGAAAGUUGAACAAGAAAUCCGAGAGUUACAACGUACUACAAAUAUGCUUAUUCCGUCAGGCACUUUUAAUAAAUGUGUUCGUAAAGUUAUUAAUGAGUAUACAACGAAAUUGUUUAGAAUAGAAAAAGAUGCAAAUUUAGCACUCCAACAAGCGGCAGAAAGUUUUUUAGUUUCUCUCUUUCAAGAAGCAGAGAUGAUGGCUCGUCAUUGCAAGCGAGUGACUAUUCUCGAGAAAGAUAUGUUAUUGGCAAUGAGAUUGAAAUCAAUUUAA